AUGAUUUCGUUACUGUUGAUACUGGCCGCUCUAUGGCCACAGUUCGAAGCUGUACCCAGCUAUACAGUACCAGGGCCUCAGCAACCGUAUAGUGCAGCGGCGCCUACCUCUGGUGCAGCAAUUUUUCAUUUCAAACAACCCGAUGAUCUGAAACAUGUCGCCUAUCAGGCGUUCCCUCUCGACGAUACUGCUGGACCAUUUUCGCUACCUGACGUCUCAGAUUCAUUGAAAACCGCAUCUGGAGAUGCUAAUCCGUCAAAACGUCAUUCAGUAGCGUUUAUCACACCAUUACCUCACAAAGAUGCUAACUCCUCCAAAGGUCAAAGAGUUCCGUUUGUACCGGAUGAGCCUGAACUCCCACCAGGUAGCACUCUGAGAAAGGCACCGCUAUGGAUCGAACACAUCCCGACAAAAUCCAAACAUAAAUUCACCAUUAAUAAUCUCGGACAAUCUCAAUUGGUGAUGGAACAAUUUUAUAAGGGUUCUAAUGGAGGGAAACCCUAUGUGACUCCUUCACCUGAUGAGGAAGUGACAUCAACGGAAAAAGUCAAAGUGAAUAGUCGGGAAACGAAGGAAAUCGUCGAGAAGAUCAUCAAACAAGAGUUGAAUAGAGCGAAAGUUGCCAAGUUCGGGAAAUCAGCAGGCGGCGGAUACAACAUACAGAUCUCUCAAACAAUAUUUCAGGAAAAUGUCAGUGGCGGUAGCGCUUCACGACCAACUGUUGAACAAAGUGGAUAUUCUGGAGAAAACAGAGCAAUAAUUGAUUGGUCUGAGAAUAACAACAAACUGGACGAAUUUCCAAACGGAUAUGAUGGUUUGUCUGCUCUACCCGAACCAAACGUUCCUAACAGCGUGUUGACUAAUCGAAUAAUCGAAGAACUUACCACCAUUCAACCUCCUACGGCUUAUUCCAUAACACCUCCAUACGCACCACCUACCACACGAAUUUUUACGACAAUGACGUCUACAACUCCGCCCUAUGUUUUCCUAUCGACGCCUUAUCAUUGUGGUACAUCAGAUUCUGCUGCUGCUGGUCCGACUGCAAGCUCACAAGCAAAUACACCUCGUACUGUGGAAUAUCCGUUGCCAAAAAGCGUUGACGGUUCGGUAACAGGUCAUAUGAACGGAUGCGUACCGUGUUCUGAAUCUGCUAAUGCACCAGCUCCACCGGCUACACUUGCACCAAUGAUACCACUUCCGUCACUACCAAAAGAAUCACCGGUUGCACCUCCUUCUCUUCCUAACCAUACACCACUUAAUCCAGCACCUUACGAACAGCCAAGUACACAUCCCGGAUCCGUUCCUAAUGCGAUUCCACCAGCACCUGUACCUGCACCAACACCAUCUGAGAAUAUAGCUCCUCCACCACAAUCCACGAGCGCAAAAGCGAUAGAGGUGGGUGCGGCAACUAUGCCGGCUCCUGGAGAGCGGGAGUACUCGCAACAGUCGCAUGAAAGUCCUGCUCCGGCUCCUUCAUCACCUCCUCUUCCACCUCCUGAUUCUUCCCUACCUGCUGUAGCAUUACCACCUUCUGAGCCUGUAGCUCUGCCUAGUCCCGCACCGACAGAGCUCAUUGCUUCUGAGCCAGCUCCAUCCGUUCCAGAUCCUGCAUCAGCUAUCGAAGGGGGGAAUGGGAGCGAAGCAGUCGCCAACGGCUACGAAAAAACUGAACCUGCUCCAGCACUCAUACCUACCCCUGCAGUGGAGCCUGUACCUGCCCCUCCUCCUGUAGUGGGGCCUGCGCCAGCACCCACUCCUGCGGUAGAGUCUGCACUUACGUCUGCUCAGACAGUGGGCACUGCAGCUCCAUCUACUCCUGCAGUGGAGCCUGCAUCUGGACCUACUCCUGCAGUGGAACCUGCACUUGGACCUGCUCCUGUAUCAGAACCUGCACCUUUACCUACACCUGUCGAAACGGUUCCUUUGCCUGAACCACCUGCCCCACAGGUAGAACUUCCUCUUCCGUCUGUUUCUGCUCCAGAACCUGCAGCGGUUGUAGUGAAACCGUACUCCGAAAAAGUAGGAACUGCACCUUCUCCCACUGACCCUGCUCCUGCUUCUGCCGAACCAGUAGAUGCUGGGAAUACCAUAGAACAAUUACCGCCGUUGGCACCAGCCCCUUCUCCUUCUGAAGAGCUGUCACCUGUAGCACCUGUAGAGCAUGUGUCUGCACCAGUGGAACCCCAACCUGCACCCACAUCUAUCCAAACAACGCAAGUAGUUAUCCCAGUAGAACAACCAGCACCUCCUGCACCUAAAGAUAAAGAGUACGAAUCAGUAGAAACAGAUUCAGCUUCAAUUCCACCACUAUUAAAUCCAGCUCCUGCUGUUUCAGGAACUAUUCCUGCAAGUAGCGGUUAUUCAAACAGAGAUGCAUCCCCAAGUCCACCUCCACCUGCUCCUUCACCACCACAAACAGCAGCUCCAGCACCGUCAUCAAGCUACGAAAAACCUCAAACACCCUCGUCGAGCUACGAGAAACCUCCAACGUCCCAACCUCUCGAACCGGCUUCAGUUUCAGUUCCAGAAAAAACCGCCCCAGCUUUCGUGCAAACAUCUUCUACAUCUGCCGAGAGCAGCUAUUCUAACCUUGAAGGGGACCAUUCAGAAGCAGAAGUUCCUCGUGUCCCAGUCCCUGUUCCAGCGCCUGCAUACAAGGAAGUAGAGCCUUCACCAGAACCGUCGGCUAACAUCGAGUCUAUAGAAUCUGGAUCUGAAGUGGCUCCACCCAGUCCUUCUGGAUCUCUUCAAUCCUCAGGCGGCUACGAGAGUUCUUCGUCUAAUUCCGCUGCAACUGCAAGUUCUAAUGUCAAUAGCGGAAGCAGUUCUUCAUCUUCCUCCUACUCUUCAAGCGCCGAAGUUUCCGCUCCACAAUCAACGUCUGGCGACUCAUACAAAUCAGGUUCUGUUGGGAGCGAAUCUGCAGCACCAUCGGCUCCAUCUUCUCCUGAAGAACCGAUAAAUAAUGCACAAUACAUAAACGAAUCACCAAAGGGAUCUAAUGAGCAGUCCUAUAAGGAAACAUCAGACAAGGUUUCGUAUGUGCCAGAAGCUUCACCUUCAUUGCCAGAAGUACCUGAAGAAUCACCACCUCAAGAACCACCUCAAGAAUCUAUACCCGGACAUCCUGCUGAAUCGAGCUAUACCAAUCUUGAGGAGGAUCACGUUGAAAAUAAAGGACCUGUAACUAUUAUCGACACCGAGAAUAAUAAUGUGCCUGCCAGUGGGUGA